CAUCUCUGACUUUUGUAUUCGUAAUAUCUGUUGGGCCUGCAAUUGCCAAUCUAAACUCCAUCAGCAUCCAAAUAUAAAUAGAGAGGCGCUAACGGGUCGGGUUCAUACGGAGGGUAUUAUAUUGAAGUUGGUUGGUGGUUGCUGUUUUGGGAACCCUUGUUUGGAGCUUUAGAAAUGCCAGUCAGGGCGGCAGAGACCUCCGCGCCUCCUCCACAUCAUUCAGGUUCCACUUGUGGACAGACAUCUCCUCCACCCUUUACACUUCUAAGCGUCGGCCAGGGCUUCUCGGGUACACAGAAUGUUUCGAGUCUGCAAAAAGAUGAGGCUUGGAGAGUGAAUGUUCGGAUACAAGGGUGUGAUCUUGAGAAUGGUUAUCUAUGUGGAACUAUGGAAGCACUUAAUGUUCCCAUGGCUGACACACCAGUUGUCACUUUUUGGGAGGGGGAGAUCGUUGACACCAAAAAUUAUACUUUCUUCACUGAAAAGUGGGAAGCAACACAAGAUGAUGAUAUAAGGCACUGGACCAAAUUUCCUUCUUUUUCUGCUCUAUUGAGCCAAGUGGAGGUUGAUGGUGGCAAAUCAUUAGAUCUUAGCAACUAUCCUUACAUUUUCAUGAGGUGGAAGGAGCAGUACUUUGUGAAUGUUGGCACAGAUUGUGGUUUGACUAUAGCCGGCUUUUACUAUGUGUGUUUCUCAUGUAGUGAUGGCUCCAUCAACGGCUUCUAUUAUGAUCCUAAUAGCAGCCCGUUCCAAAAACUUGAGCUGAAAUCCACAAAUGAGGGAAGGUUAGGAGUCAGUUUUUCGUCUUACGAACUGCAAUAAUAUAUCGUACAUAUAUUAUCCCUGUUGUACAAGCAUGGUAGACAUUGACAAUAUGUAUAUUUAUUUGUGUCAGCAAUGACACUGACGGAGCUAUGUCAUGAUUGCCAUACAAAAUAGUCACUUCAAGGUGAUAUGAAAUCAUGCGUUGGAUUAUGAAUUCUUGAUUACGAGUUAGAAAUAAUCUUUUUCUAUGA